UGUUUGCUGUUCGAGUCGACGUUCGUGUCGUUUCGUUUCGAUCCGGAAAGGUACAAUUUUUCGUACUCUUCGAGUACGUUACAACUCUUUCUGAUCUUUCGUCUUUCAGCGCCGAUCGCCAUUACUAAUCGUCGAUGAGAAGAAAUUAGGAGAAGCAAAGCUUUUGUUGGUCCAGAGGUUUCGGUAUGUUUCUUCGCUUUCCGUGCCGUUGGUUAAUUGAACGUUAGCUAAAAAGCUGCGAUACAACGUUCGACGGAGAACAUCGUGCUUAUCGCACGAUAUCGCCGCCGUCGAAUUAGGAAAUGUACGAGGACGCGGAAGACGCGUCUUCCUCCCUGACCUCGUGCAACGUCGACACCAAAGAUUUCACCGACGCUCUGGCGUUGCUGCGUUCGACGGAUAUCGAUAGCGCGGAUAAGCUUUAUGAAAUUUUGGACACGAGCAUCGAGAAGGUGUACGGUUUUGAGAGAACUUUAAGAGCGAGGAUGCCGCAGAAAUUCGAUCGGAACGCGAAGCCCCGCGAAAGUACGUUUGCCAUCGGCAAAUCCGGGAGGCAAGACGACGCGACGUCGCGAAAGGAUGAUAAUGCUGCGAAGAAAACCGCAAACGUAUCGGCUUUCGCGAACGACCCGAUAAAAAGCGACGGGAGAUCGACGAGAAUAUUCGACAACGAGACAGAGGCGGAAUCCGUUUGGAAAUCUCGGAGAGCGCUCGAUAAUGCCGCGACGAACGAUUACAAGCUGUUCAAGUCGUCCGACGAGGAGGAAGUUAAAGUUGACCAUUUUAGCGAGACGGCGGAUAUUCCGAGGAUAUCCAUUCCGGAUGAAGGAUCGGGGGACGGACUUUUUUGCAAGAUAUGUAACGGUGCAAAAUUGGGACCACUGAUUUUAUUGGAGUGCCAAGACUGUCAAGAAGUUUACCAUCCUUUGUGUCACCAACCGCCUGUGGUAGACAUCGAUGUUUACGAUCCUAGAAUCGUAUGGCACUGUAACAACUGCGCCAACACAGUUUCUGCAGAUCGUGAUCUUAUCCUAAACGAGAAGAACACGAAGAAAUUUUAUCGACGAAACGACACGAAUACCGCCAAAAAAAGUGCUAUCAAUGUCGACAAAUCGGUCAAAAUGGAAGAAUAUCUUUCAAAAAAUGAUACGACCAGCUUCGAGAAAACUUGUCCCGGCGCUGCGCGAGAAACUUGCGGUGGCGACAGCGGCAACCAUCAAGUUAUGUCGUAUUCGAAGGAUUCGUCACUGUCGACCAACAAAAUGCAGAGCCUAUCCUCCAAUCAAUUGAAGAAACGAAUUGGCUCUAAACUUUCGGUAACGCGUGUUGUAACAAAACAAUCUUGAUAUUUCUCCCAAAGAAUUAGAAAAACGUGUAAAACGCACGAAUGUAAGGAUUGCGUCCAUGUACGUGUUAUACGAAUGUCUCGAAAGUAGCAGCGAAGCUUGCAAGUGUACACCGUUGCUAAUGACUACAUAUAUCAAGUGCUGCAGGAUUAGUAGAGAUAGAUAGAUAUACAGG